AUGAAUGUUCCGAAUUUAAUAAAUUGUCAUUUACCGUUUUGUCGUCUAUUAGUAUCCUCUCAUAAAACUAACAUUAAGAAACUAACAAUUAAACUUCAGUCAUUUGUUGAUUUGGCUCAUUUAUUGAACUGUAUACCGUUAAUUGAAUAUUUAAACAUUCAUCUUUAUAUAGAUUAUAUGUUAAACAUUGUACAUAAUCGUGAACCAGUGGCAUUUAAAUUCAUUUCAUUAAAAUUGAAACAUCUAAUAUUGAAAAUAACGAAUGAUAAAUGUUAUGUUACUGAAUUAGAUAUAUUUCAAUUGAAAUAUGGUGAUGACACAGUUGAUGAUUCAACAACUUAUAAAAACGAUAAAAUUGAUAAAUUAUGUAUAGAGCUGGCAAACGAUGAAACUAACAUAAAUAUUGAACAAUUAAAAAAUGAAAUUGGUGAGAUUUAUUGGAACCCAACUGUUCGUAAAACAUUCAAAUAUGUACGGUCAUUGAAAGUGUUUAGCGAUCAGAAUGGAAAUGAAUGUAUGGCUGUUGAUAAUGCAUCAUUAUCAACAAUUCUAGUGAAUCUUGAACAAUUGGUUAUAUGGUCUCAAUUGACUCAUUUAUCUUAUUAUCAUUCUCGAUUGGAUUUGUUAGAAAUUCUUCUCGAUUCUGGACCAAACAUUUAA